CCACACAGUGGAUCACUGAGGCCACAGUGGGUCACAGGAAGCAACAAUUGUCAGAGGCUGUAUUCAUUCAAACACUCUUAUGUUGCAAAGACAUUGAUAAGAUGGAGACCAAGAAGAGCGCAAGGAAAUAUGACACGGGGGAAGUGUGCAAUGAUUUAUCAGAGCAGAUUAAAGCAGCCACAAAAGACAACCACGAGAGAGCUGAAAAUACAGAGCUGAUGCUGAGUUACCAAAGGGGAGAGAUCACCCUGCCACAGUACAAGCUCCUGCUGUGUUCCCUCCAUGAGAUCUACAAGGUGCUAGAAGAGGAACUAGAUAAGAAUUCUUCCCAUCCAGCGGUCGCACCGAUAUACUUCCCCCAGGAACUUGCUCGCCUGGAAUGCCUGGAGAAUGACCUGGAGCAUUUUUUUGGCCCUGAUUGGAAGGGGAAGAUGAUUGUUCCUGCGGCCACACACAGAUACACUCAGAGGCUACGACAGAUUGGUAAAGAGAAACCGGUCCUCUUGGUGUCCCAUGCCUACACUCGAUAUCUUGGGGAUCUGUCAGGAGGACAAGUGCUGGGGAAAAUUACCCAGAAAUCCCUCAAACUGACAGGCAAAGAGGGCCUUUCGUUCUUCUUCUUCCCUGGUGUGAGCAGUCCUAAUCGCUUCAAGCAGCUGUACAGGAGCCGCAUGAACGGCAUUGAGCUGACCGAGGAGGAGAGGGCGGCUGUGCUGAAUGAGGCGGUUGCAGCCUUUGAGUUCAACACCCAGGUUUUCGAUGACUUGCAGAGGCUUUUGUAUGUCGCAACAGAACAAUCUAAGAACAACUCGGCCAGUUUUCCAUUUCCUCCACUCAUGCAUUUCACCGUGGGGCUGUGUGUCACACUGGCUACUAUUGGAAUGGGAAUGUAUAUCUUGUAGUAUCAGCCAACACCACAUGGACCUAUACCACUUUACUAAUCGCUUUCAGCUAAUGCAGCAAAUCUUAUUGAAAUCAAAACCAGCCAUGGCUUUUAAAAUGUCAGCAUUUGUAUUUGACUGAACCUACUGUAUACACUUUUGUUACAUUUACUACUUCCAAGUGAUAUUAUUGACUUCAGAUUUUAGAGUAUGUAUUCCUAGAAACCAAACAGAAAACAGGAAAUAAACUUGCUAUGGGUGAAAGAGGAAAAUUUGUUUGCAAGCAUUUAAUUUAGUUAUAAUUAUUUUAAUUUAAUCUGCUGGGAUAGGCGCCAGCACUCCCUUGUGAGGAUAAGCGGCUCAGAAAAUGGAUGGAUGGAUGUUUAUAAUGCACGCACUACAUAGGCAAGGACAGGUGGGGCAGUGACUGCAGCCCCGAGCUACGUUUCGGCGUCUUGCUUAAAGGACACAACAUUAGUCAGAAUGCACAUGAGCAUCUUUACAACUAGUAGCAAUUCAUUUUGCCCGCAGUGCAAUUCAAACCAUGAGCCCUCGGUUCCCAAGCCAGCCCAAGAAUGUCUGAACGAAAUCUGAUCAGUAACACUUGGAAAUCUCACUAUUGUCUGAAUAUUAUUUAGUAAGCUGAUUGCAUUCAUAUUUCUGAUUUCAUUAAAAUACAGCAUAUAGAAAGUAUACGGUUCCCAUUAUUUACCCCUUCUGAUGCGUUAGUGUCAAUCUUCAACAAUAGCAAGGUUGCCAACGUUGUUAAACUCUGAUUGGUACAUUUCAAGUUAAUUCACUGUAUAAUAGUGUUUUGUUUAAAUAAACAAAUAAAUAAAAUGUU